CCCCCACGAGCGCUCGCUGCAGCAAACCUUCUCCUCCCCACCACGACCGGCCAGGAGCCGGGGGGACACGAUUCUCCGCCACGCCGCCUGCGUCCAGGUCGAGAAAAGCUCAAAGACACCACUGCCCGUCCGCCUCUCCUGCCUGCUCCGCGCCAUCAAGGGCCUCCUGUCAGCCAUGCCUUCCUAUCUCCGCACCAGCCCCCGCGCCUACUCGUUCCCCCCCUGGGUCGACAGCGCCGACCACGACGACGCGCAGUCGGCCCAUCUGCCCGACAUCGACGAGGAUCCCUUUGCCCACUUCAUCACGCCCAUUGGCGACGCCGAAGACCCCUAUGAGCUCUCGCUGAGCGCCGGCAUCGACGCCAACGACGGCCCGCGCACCGCAAAGACGACCAAGUUCAGGUCCAACGUGGCCGGCCGCUGGGCCCGCUACGUCAAGCAGAGCCAGCCCCAGCUGCACGGCGCAUAUCACGUGCCGACCAUCUACGAGGAGGACGACGAGUCCUUCAUGGGCCUGGAUGACGAGCGGUUGAACGACACGCCCCAGGUUGUGUCUCACCUGAGCCCACCCCGCAUCAGCAUCGCCGAGCCAGGCCGUGGCCGCACCCAGCAUCUGGCCACUCGCAAGCAGCAAAAUCGCCGCCGCUACUCGCGCACCCUGUCUGGCCAUCGCCAUUCGUGGCGCGAACCCAGCCCGGAUCUGUUUACCGUAGACGAGUCGGAGGAGGACGAGGGCCCCGUGCUACGUCGUCCCAAAACCAGAAAAGCAAAGGAUGGCGCCGAGCGCCGCAGGUCAUCGACCAGGUCAAAGUCAAGAGCUAGAGUAGACUCUGUGACGGAAAUUUCUAGAUGAGACAGGAUGGGCAUGGCAUAGAAAAGGCCAAGACAUGAGGGCCGCACAGACAUUGUGGGGGUGGUGUUGUCUUGUUGAUUGUUUCUUACUAGCAUUGCACGGUGUUGGUGGCUUUUUGUCUUUGUUUUUCUUUUUUUUUGCGCACAGCGCACACAGCAUGAGCCGGCGUUUUUGGUAUACCACGGGCUGUAGCCUUUUGGGCUCUUUGUUGCAUUGGGCGGAGUUUUUGAGUUUUUGCAUUUUCACCCACGUUCUUGGGCAGACUGCGCGGCGGCAGCACUGCAUCUAAUGUGGAGAUAGCCAUAAUUCACAACCCAUCUCAGA